AUGGAAAUAGCCAGUUUACUUUUUAUUUUAACAGUGCUGUAUAGAGGGGUGGAACAUGUGGACUGCCAUAAGUAUGACAGAUACACCACAAGUGUACUGUGUUCUACACAAUGUGGAGCACUGUGUAUGGAAAAUGAGUCUUAUUGUGAUACAACUUGCCAUAACCAGUUUGGGUUAUGGAUGACAAUGUGUGAUGAUCCUGGCUGUGCAGGGACGUGUGCUGACCAUGGCCUUGGCAAAUUUUUCAAUCUGUCCCUUUUACCAGAAAUUCCAGUUCUAAACCAAUGGAAAGUAAAAUAUAACCAAGUCAAAUUGUCCUGGCAACCAAGCAAGUCACGAAGUCAAGUUUUAUAUGCAGUCCAGUACAAGAAAAUUAACAGCCAGAUUUGGGAAAAUGCAAUAUAUGAGAUCCAAACAUUGUCGUGUACAAUUGACAUUGUGGAUGUGUGUUCAGACCAUCACUUUCGUGUCAUAGCCAUUAACAGACAUGGAUCACGUGGAUUUUCAAAUUAUACCUAUAUAUCUGCCUCAGCAUUUCACAUUGAUCCUGUACACAAUGUUACCUUUCUUGGGCGAGGAAUUUACUAUUACCCUGGCACACAAGAAUUCAUGGCGAUCAUUCAGUGGGACGGCCUUCCUGGAUGGGACACACCUAGUGCUAUGCUAGAAUACAAAUGGAAUGACACACCCAGAAUGACUUGUAACAACAAAUUAACCAACAUAAUGCCUAUCUUUGAGAGAGGUACAAAUACUUCUGCCGCCAGUUACCGCAGAAUUCUUAUGCACAUCAACGCUGACGCAUAUGGCUGUCUUUAUCAGGGGCAGGUUCGGGCUGAAACCAAGUGUGGCCUAUUAGGACCAUGGACAAACUUUACACUGGAUCUUACAGAUUGCCAAAACAUAUUCAACUUUCCAUGUGUAGCAGCAGCAUAUUGUCAAACUAGAUUAAACUCUCCAUGUGCAGCUGCAUCUGCUGUCACUUUUUCUCCUCCUGGAAGCGUGGAGAAUGUAUCGCUAUGUGUUGAGUAUGGAGGCGUGAAUUCAUCAAUGUUGAUUCGCCUCCUGUGGGAUGCGCCUACAGACCUUGGUAGUAUGGGAGUCAUAGACAGCUACACCAUCAGAUGGGGUCAUGUCAUACGAAAGGACUUUCCUGAGCCUCCAAUUUUCACUGACCCGGUCCCCAGGAAAGUCAGUGUUAAAGCUGAUGUCCAGGAGGUGGAUGUACCAGUAGGCUAUGAUGAGAUAUCAGCAGACUAUGGAUUCCAGGUUGUGCCUGUUGCACCCCAACAACAGAUACAGGACGAUGAAUGGGGAUUAUUUGAUGUCUACACAGUACGGAUCAGCUCCAACACUAGCAACCACUCACCUCCAGGAACUGUCCUCUUGGAUGAGGCUGGAGUUAGGGUGGUACAGAUCCCAAAUGCUCUCAGUGUAGAUAUGAUGUGGCAGCCACGAACCAUGCUACAGUCACCGUCCUCAAGCACCGCCUGCAAGGAACACUACUCAAUACAGCUGGGGCGUAUCAUACGAGAUAGCACCUUACGCCCACACCUCACAGACACAACUGUCCAGUAUAUACAUGGGAAUAAGACAGACCUGCAGCUGAACCUGCAGUAUGUUGGAGCAGAGUAUGGAUUUAGGAUCAGAAGUGUUGGUGUGAAUGAGAAUGUGUCAGAUGAAGUUUGGAAUGAAACUGAGCUACACAUUUUCAAGUUCCAGGAAGACAAUUUCAGUACUGAGACAGGUAACAAUGGCUGGGUGGACUUUUUAAUUGUUGCCCUCGCUGUUACGGUGGUCUGUUUGGCUUGUAUGAGUGCAGCAUGGAUACGUAAGAAACUUCACAGGCGUAAAAAACUUCCAAAUUUACAUGGACAGUUAGGGGCUGAUGUAAAUAACUAUGAGAUAUUCCGCACACAGUCCAGUUUAUCUUCCUUACUCACACCAGCAGUUGUACCAGAUAUGUGGGAACUGCCUCACAGCGGGAUCAAGGUGGGCCCUGUUCUAGGUCAAGGGGCUUUUGGAUUGGUCACCAAAGGACGCAUUAGUGGAUGUCUUCUUACUAACAGGAACAUUCCCUUACCUCAGGAGGCUAGAAGAGAAGGAACAGAAAUAUCUGUGGCAAUCAAAAUGCUCAAAGAUGAUGAUGACUGCUAUCAUAGGAGAGAUUUUCUGCGAGAAAUAGCUCUGAUGAAAAAGAUUGGCUACCAUGCAAAUGUGGUCAGCAUGCUGGGAUGCUGUACACUCUGUGAUCCUGUGUGUGUCGUGGUGGAGCAUAUGCACAAUGGGGACCUUCAGUCCUAUCUGAAGGCCAUCAGGAAUUCAAUGAGGGAGCGGGACCACACACAGCAAGGCUAUGUCAACAGGGAUGCAGAUCUCCUUGGUCCCACGGACCUGCUGUCCUUUGCCCGACAAAUCUCCAUAGGCAUGGAAUUUCUUGCCCAAAAAGGGUUUGUCCAUCGAGAUUUGGCAGCCAGAAAUAUACUGGUCGGUAGGGACAAGACUGUGAAGAUUGGUGACUUUGGCCUGGCUCGCUUUGUCUAUGAUGAUGCAGUAUACAUCAACAGGAAAGGGGGACGACUCCCACUCAAGUGGAUGUCCAUUGAGGCUAUCUGUGAGCUGACCUUUUCUUCCGCCAGUGAUGUCUGGUCUUUCGGUGUGGUUCUAUUUGAGUUGGUGACCUUGGGAGGAACGCCCUACCCUACAGUGGACAUGCAUGACCUGCUCCGCCUUCUACGGCUGGGAUACAGGAUGGAGAAGCCACCCAACUGCUCCUGGAAACUAUACAACGUCAUGUUGAAUUGUUGGAACGAGUUGCCGAAAUUGAGACCGAGCUUCACAGAUUUAAAAUCGACGCUAGAUGCCAUGCUGGAAAACGAGUGUGAAGUAGACUACCUGAGUAUGGACAUCGACUCCUGUCAGUACUAUUACACUGUAACGUGUGUCCAGGAAGAAUCUUCAGUACGUUAUGCACAGGUCGACACUCUCGACGAUGAGACACGCGAUGUGUAUGAAUCAAUGGAUGUCAGUGCAUUACAUCUUGAACAUACCUCAAAUCCAGUUUCUAUCAUUGAAACAUCACCCAUUGCCCAGAAACCACAAGACAGUGACAGCUCAGAGGAGGAGACUGCUAAAGAUCACACUUUAAUUGUUCAUGAAGUUCAAAUAGAGCGCACACCACCUUACCUUGAGGAUCAUUAUUCUGGUCAGUUUUCACUUUUAACACCAGUACAGAACUUGGAAAGUAGUCAAUGUAGAGAACACCGAGACUCAGGGUUCGACACAAGUAGUUAUUCCGGUUCAUCACCGAACGCAAGUCCUCGGACUCUCUCGUCCAGAGGUAGUCACAAAGAGUCGAUUGGUAUGGAGGACGAAGUUUUCCUUCAGGACUUGUGUGCAUCUAAUCGAUUCGUGACUUUGAAACGUGAUUCACAUUCCUUAGAUAGACAACAAGAAGCUGAUCAGUUAGCAAGUGAUUAUACAUUUUGUAAGAAAUGUUUAAUACCUAUAAACGAGGAGUUCCAUUUUUGCGAUAACUUUGUGGAUUCUGAUUCGACUGGACGUUUCCACGGGACUGCGACACUUGGAUGUGGUAAUUUCAGUUGGAAAUCUAAACAUUGCGAGAUCGACCAAACGAUGUGGGGUGACAAUGAUACUUCUGUUUGUAGUUCCAGCAUUGAUACGUUGAUGUCCUGGGACGAGAACACUCUAAACACUUACUUGUAA